AUGACUCCAAUUCCACCUUCCAUUACCACUGGCAUUAGCAACUAUGAAGAAACCGGUCAUGGCGACCCUCUUCAUAAGAUGAAAGCGCUGACCUGGCAAGCGCCAAACCAGGUGAAGCUUCUGGAAACGGCCAGGCCAACCAUAGUGGAUGAUGACGACGUGAUUGUCAGAAUCACCGGAAGCACCAUAUGUGGUAGCGAUCUCCAUCUUCUCCAUUCCGCUAUUCCAGAGCUUCAUAAAAACGACAUUUUGGGUCAUGAAUUCUGCGGCAUUGUUGAGAAAGUCGGACCAGGAUCCAAGAAGCGCAAAGUGGGUGAGCGAGUGGUAGCUUCUUUCCAGAUUGGAUGUGGAGAGUGCUUCUACUGCCAAAAGAAGCUGUCUUCUCUUUGUGAGCGGACCAAUGGCAGUCUUAGUGAACAUGCUCUCUAUGGUCGUCGAACUGCAGGCAUGUUUGGAUAUUCCCACUUUACGGGAGGGUUUGCCGGUGGCCAAGCUGAAUUCGUCCGUGUUCCCUAUGGCGACGUAAAUCUUCUGCCUCUUCCAGAUGAUGUUCCCGAUGAGGUGGGCCUUUACCUCUCGGAUGUGCUGUGCACUUCUUGGAAUGCCGUGGUCGACACGGGCGUCCAGCCAGGAGACACAGUUGCUGUGUGGGGUGGUGGUCCCGUUGGGCAAAUGGCCAUCGAAUUUGCCGUUUGCAACGGGGCAAAGAGAGUGAUACUGAUCGACGGAGGCCAAGGACGUUGGCGUUUGGACUUUGUGAAGACCAAAGUCCCACAGCUCGAGACCAUUGACUAUACAGCGCUACCAAAGGGGGAAACCGUUGUCUCUGUUUUGAAGAAGAUGUGCGACGGACGUGGCCCUGACGUUGCAAUUGAAGCGGUGGGUUUGGAAAAUGACACACCAGAGCUGGUGAAUGAGAUGAUUGAGUCAGUCCGGGGCUUUGGAAGCUGUGGUAUUACUGGCAUUUACACAGGUUAUUGUAACGGAUUCAACAUUGGAUCUUUGAUGGAAACCGGUAUUCGUCUUAUCGGCAAUGGACAGGCUCCUGUGCACAAGUAUUGGGAGCACCUUUUGGUGCUCAUUCAACAGGGAAAAAUUAGACCAUUGAAUAUGGUCUCUCAUCGAUUCAGACUUGAGGAUAUGGUUAAAGUAUACGACUUGUUUAACCAUCGUGCAGAUGGCAUGCAGAAGAUAUUCGUGCAGACUCAGUACUCAUCGCCUCCUGCACCUGGAACUCCUGCUUUGACAGUACUUUGA